AACAAGCCAUGCCCUUUCUCUCUCCUCCACCACAACCACCACUCUCCGGUCACUUCCACCACCGUCCACGGCGUCUAGGGUUUCCAAACAACAAACACACAGGUACAGACUAUAAACAUAUAUGAUUUUGUGAAUUGUUUAUAUGAUUAAUUGAAGAAGAUGCCUUUGAUUCGACGAUCAAGAAAGGCAUCUGAGAAUGACAACAAUCAGACUCCGAUUCCGGACGAAGAAGACGAUAAGAGCAAGAAAGUAGCCGCGAAGAAGGCUAGGGUUGAUGAGAAGAGUAGCAAAUGGUCUUGUCUGGACAGCUGUUGUUGGUUGAUUGGUUGUAUUUGUACUGUUUGGUGGAUUCUGCUGUUUCUGUACAAUGCGAUGCCGGCGUCGUUUCCUCAGUACGUGACGGAGGCGAUCACGGGGCCGUUGCCGGACCCUCCCGGGGUGAAAUUGGAAAAAGAGGGGCUCAAGGUGAAGCAUCCGGUGGUGUUUGUGCCCGGAAUUGUCACGGCGGGGCUCGAGCUGUGGGAGGGGCAUCAGUGUGCGGAAGGGUUGUUUCGGAAGCGGCUCUGGGGAGGCACAUUUGGGGAGGUGUAUAAGAGGCCUUUAUGCUGGGUGGAACAUAUGUCACUGGACAAUGAAACUGGGCUGGACCCUCCUGGUAUAAGGGUCAGGCCAGUUGCUGGACUUGUAGCUGCUGAUUACUUUGCUCCAGGGUAUUUUGUUUGGGCAGUUCUGAUUGCUAAUUUGGCUCAAAUUGGGUAUGAGGAGAAAACCAUGUAUAUGGCUUCAUAUGAUUGGAGACUUUCAUUUCAUAACACUGAGGUGCGGGACCAAGCCCUAAGCCGGAUAAAAAGUAAUAUAGAACUGAUGGUUGCUAUAAAUGGUGGCAAUAAGGCUGUCAUUAUCCCACAUUCAAUGGGUGUUUUGUACUUUCUGCAUUUUAUGAAGUGGGUGGAAGCGCCAGCUCCCAUGGGCGGUGGGGGUGGACCAGGUUGGUGUGCUAAGCAUAUAAAGGCGGUAAUGAACAUUGCUGGACCAUUUUUAGGUGUUCCCAAAGCUGUUGCGGGGCUGUUCUCUGCCGAAGCUAGGGAUAUUGCAGUUGCCAGAGCCAUUGCACCAGGUUUCUUGGAUAAUGAUUUGUUUCGUCUUCAGACAUUGCAACAUGUAAUGAAGAUGAGCCGUACAUGGGAUUCAACCAUGUCAAUGAUACCAAAAGGUGGGGACACUGUUUGGGGUAGUCUUGACUGGUCACCUGAAGAAGGAUACGUCCCUGGCAAGAUAAAACAAAGAAACAGCGAUACUCUGGUUUCAGGUCAAAAUGAAACAGGCAGUAUGGUUUCUCAAGUGAAAUCUGCUAAUUAUGGCAGAAUUUUAUCAUUCGGUAAAGAUAUAGCAGAGGCACCAUCAUCUGAGAUUAAGAGGAUUGACUUUAGGGAUGCUGUUAAGGGUAAUAAUGUUGCAAAUACCACCUGUCGAGAUGUAUGGACAGAGUACCAUGACAUGGGAUUUGGGGGUAUUAAAGCUGUUGCAGAUUACAAGGUUUAUACUGCUGGAGACAUUGUGGAUUUGCUUCACUUUGUUGCCCCAAAAAUGUUGGCUCGUGGUAGCAUUCAUUUUUCGUAUGGCUUAGCUGAGGAUUUGGAUGACCCGAAAUACCAACAUUACAAAUAUUGGUCAAAUCCAUUGGAAACCAAAUUACCGAAUGCUCCAGACAUGGAGAUCUUCUCAAUGUAUGGAGUUGGCAUCCCAACUGAAAGAGCAUAUGUUUACAGGCUGUCUCCUUCUGCAGAAUGCUACAUUCCAUUUCAGAUUGAUACUUCGGCAGAUGGUGAAGAUGAAGAUAGCUGUCUAAAAGGCGGAGUUUUUACUGUUGAUGGAGAUGAGACUGUGCCUGUUUUAAGUUCAGGCUUCAUGUGCGCAAAAGGUUGGCGCGGGAAAACCAGGUUCAAUCCUUCAGGAAUUCAAACUUACAUUAGGGAAUACGAUCAUGCUCCUCCAGCUAAUCUUCUCGAGGGCCGUGGCACCCAGAGUGGUGCUCAUGUUGAUAUAAUGGGAAAUUUUGCUUUGAUCGAGGAUAUCAUAAGGGUUGCUGCUGGGGCUACAGGAGAAGAUUUGGGUGGUGAUCAAGUCUACUCCGACAUCUUCAAAUGGUCUGACUGGAUCAACUUACCAGUGUAAUUUCAGAUGGUGAGGUCAUGGAAGACAAGAUCCAGAAUGUCUGUUGCUGUUAUUUUAUCGUUCUUCCUUGUGGAUCCUUCACUAGAACUAUGUCAGCUAGAGGCUGCUGCGAGUUGUACUUUUUGUUUCCUGGUAAUGAAUAACUUGGUGGAGACGCUGCUCAUCACUAAGGUGCCCCGAGCGAACAAUUAUGUUUCUGAACUUACUCAUUACUUGAUUGGCAUGAAAGUCGAUUUGGUUACUGGAAUAGAAGCUGCAUAUUGGCUCGUCCGGUUGUCAAAUUUUCCUGGAGAUGGGAGCAGUCCUGGAUUCCACAAUUUUUUUUGAGAAUAGAAAGUGUUGAAAUUUAUAUAUAUUUAUAUUUAAUCAGAAACUAAUUUGUUUAGUAUUUGGUAUUUGGCUCAACUUUGGCAUUGUCACAAUAAUGUAGUGUUGUUAUUUGGGAAUUGCAACUUGUUUGUGUAUUAGUAGACUUUACAGAACUACAUUUCCUGUGAGGACAACUUCUAUUGGAACAUGCCCAGUGCCAUUGUUCUUCGAUGGCAUGUUAGCUCAUGUUGGUCAUAGUUGAAGUUGAUGCAUGGAUGAACAAUUUUUUAGUGAAAAAAUGAAUACUCUGAUCGAUAA